AUGCUCCCACGGCAACACAUCUCCACCGACGCCAUGGGCAACUUUCUGUCCAAGGGACUCCCGACUGACUCGCCAAAUCACUCUGAUGCUACCUCUCAGCAAAACGGGAAACUUGGCCACCAAAAAGGCAAAUCUUUGACCGAGGACUUGAGCUCUGCGCGUCAGUUUGUCGCGUCGCUACUCGACGGGUCGUAUCAAGGCGGCGACCUAGAGGCCUUCACCUCGGCACAUCCCUCCUACAACCAGGUGUCCAAGGCAUUCAAUAAACGACUGGAUCCGAAGCCAGACCUUAUUGUCUGCCCUCGCACGCAGCAAGAAUUAUCACAACUACUGCAAAAGGUGUACCAGGCAAAGGCGUCAGGAGCACCUGGUAGCUCACUCGUCCGCGUCGUGAUGCGUUCAGGUGGCCACCACUACGGCGCAUUCAGCUCUGGUAGCGCGGAUGGUGACGAGUUGAAUACCGCCGUGGUGGUCAUAGAUCUCAAGGCCUUUGCAACGGUUGAGUACGACGCCUCCUCGGAAGUGGUGACAAUUGGAGCCGGGACGCGCUUGGGGAGGGUGGCGGAAAAGCUAUGGGAGCAUCGUCGGGCCCUUCCACAUGGUGUCUGUCCCACUGUUGGCAUUGGCGGACACGCUGCGCACGGUGGAUUCGGAUUUACCUCGCGUGCAUGGGGACUCACGUUGGAUCGAAUCGUGGAGAUUGAGGCCGUCCUCGCGGAUGGAAGCAUUGUGAUAGCCUCGGAGAAGCAGAACGACGACCUGUUCUGGGCCCUUCGCGGUGCUGGGCCGUCGUUCGCGGUCAUUACCACGUACAAACUCCUUACAGUACCUGUGCCUGCCGCCAACUCAUAUUUUGCUUAUGAAUGGCCCGACGUUCGGCCCGAAGAUUCUUCAAAGCUUCUUCGGCAUUAUCAGGAGUGGAUGUCGUCUGUUCCAGCUGAGCUAGGAAUGGCAUUUAUGCUCCUGCCAGGCUCAAGGCCGGGGGUUAAUAAGCUGUACAUGAACGGCCAGUAUCUCGGAGACUGGGACGGACUGAGAGCUGCCCUGACUCCGUUACUCCAACUGUUCCAUGAAAUGUUAGGGCAGCCAAGUGAGACGAACGAGAAAAGCUAUACCUGGCCGGAGAUGAUGGUUCAACUGGGCCAGGGAACAGGUACCUCCGACACAUUUUACGCCUCGUCGCUCGCCAUUCACGAGGGCCACGAAAUGGAUGAGAAACAAUGUCUGGCUUUUACAACGUACCUCGCGCAGAAUGGAUGCAGAGAUAAAACGGAAUGGUUUGUGAUGGCCGACAACUGGGGCGGUCAACAUUCCGUCAUUAACCGCGUUCCGAAGGACAAAAUGGCGUGUAAUGCUCGAUCAAAUCUCUAUCUCUGGCAAUUCUAUACGCGUAUGCUUGAUCGGCAACCGCCAUUCGACAAUAGUGGCAUCGAGUUUGUCAAAGGAAUGCUAGACUCCAUCGUCAACUCUCGUUCACAGGAAGAGGGAACAACUUGGACGUACAGCUCCAAUGUCAACUACCCAGAUGCGGAAAUGUCUCGCGAAGAGGCACAGAAGAUGUACUACGGAGAUAAAGUAGACAAGCUCAGACAAAUCAAGACAAAAUACGACCCACACGAUGUGUUCUCCUACAAACAAUCCAUUCAACCGUUGUCAAAUUGA